AGCCGUGCCAGUGAAUCCAACGCCCUCUCCCCUUCACUUCAUCACAGCCGUGCCAGUGAAUCCAACGCCCUCUCCCCUUCACUUCAUCACGGAUGCCUGUUUUCUUUGAUUAUUGCCCGCGCUUGUUUUCCCUGAUCAUGGACCCUAUUUAAGUUCUAGCCUCCCCAUUUUAUCUUGUUGUUCUUUGUAUUAGUGUAUCCAUUGGUAGCGUUGUUCCGGCUAAUCUUUUAUUUUGUUCCUGUCCCUCCUAGUUCAUUUAUCCAGAUUUCGGUUUUUGGUUCCUGUUCAUUGAAGUCCAUUUAUCAACUGUCCUCCGUUCUCCUUGCGCUUGUGUCCUGGCUCCAACAGCUUUUCUGUUCUCAACCUUUUCAAAUUGUUUGUACUGUUUUCUGGUCUUAGAUAAUGGAAACCUGAGUAUAGAAAUUUAAUUUAUCAAAUUAGUAAAGUGAAACCCAAUGCCAUUGUGUGAAAUGUUAACUACCACCUUACACUAUAAAAACUGGCUGUGCCACCUUUAAAUUCAACUACCACAACCCAGUGCCUCCUGUAGUUGUUGAACAGUCCCACAUUACUUUGGAGAAAAUUACAGAUGCACCUGAAUAUUAACAUUGACACCAAAAAGGAACACUGACAGUUUUUUCCAUCCACCUCAAGCACUGCUCAGAAAGUCCCAUUUAACUAGAUUCCUGGGAAAUACUAAUAAUAAUGGUUGUGUGUUAUUCCAACAUUCUAACAAUCUAUAUAGAAAACAUACAAUAUUCAUAUAUACAUGUAAAAACUGUGUUACAUUAGGUUUAGAAAUUGUUUCAAUAAAUGUAUGAUCAGUAUGUGGUCCCUCUAAAAAGAACAGGGCCACAGUUGUGCAGUUCCCACACAAUCUGUUCACACUCACAUAGUGUGUGAACCUGUCAGUUACUAAUCUUCUGAGAUAAGUCAUGUUCUGAAUGCCAAAAUAUUUUUUUACAGUCUCUCCUUAGUGCCAUAAACACCAAGCACCUGGACUAACACCCACAAGUCAAGUUCCAAGCCUAUUUUUGGGUGGAAGUUUAAUUAAACUGAAUAACAGCUGGGCCACGUCAUCAUUAUCUAGGUUGUCGAGCAUUAGAUUGAAUCACCAUAUAAUAUGUUGAGCUGCUAUAUUGAACACCUAUCCAGUGUUGUGAGAUCUGUUUUAUUUGGCCUGAAACCAUUAUGUUGACUCUGGGACACUUUCCAAACAGUAUCAGGAUGUCCAGGAGGACAUUUAGGUGAAGGAUCAAUGUGUUUUCUCACCAGACUAACACCUCAUUCCAACCCCGGUCUCAUCUACAGCAGUACUGACCAUUGAUUCACCAUGUUUCUCUGGAGUGCCACGUUGGCUUUGCUAUUGUUCUCUCUGCUAGCCCUGGGAGAAGUGACUUUGUUCAGAAAAUGCAGUCAGUUCUUCAUGGAUGGUAACCAUCCCACAAUCUUGGUUGAUUCUACAAACAACAAUCGUUACCAACAGAUAUGCCAGUGUCUCCUAGACAAUAACAACAGACCACAAUACUUCUAUGCCACACUCUACGAUACCAAGAAUAAGAUUCCUGUGUAUUCUGCCUAUCAGCUUCAACAUAAAGACAUUGAACGAAAGGACUACUGGUAUGUGGAACCUCAGCUCGAUGGAGGUAGCUACGGCUGCAUGGGCGGACUGAACCAAAUCCCUGCCAACAACAGGGGUGACCACCAGGCUUUGAACCAAGACUACGAGAACUCCGGCUACGACAGGGGCCACCUAUACCCAGUCUACCACACCUCUGUCAAUUCCGCCAUGAUCGCCACCUCCACCUUGACCAAUGCGGCUCCACAAGACCCGCGCUUCAACAGAGGCCAAUGGAAGGUACAUGAAGAGGUCCUGGCUAAACGACUCAACUCCUGCUCCAAGAACUACGUGGUCACAGGUGUAGUGCCUGGUGACACGCAUGUAGGUCGGGGGGUGAAGGUGGCCAAGUACUACUGGACCGCAUACUGUUGUGUUGAGGGGAUGUCGAAACAGUCAGCGGGGUAUGUAGGUCCUGAUAACAAUGGCAAAGUGCAAAUGGUCACGCUGAAUGAACUGGAAAAAAUACUCAGUGGAUUUUAUGGUUCACAGUUCACUAUUUUCCAAGGUAGAUGCAAAAAGUGAUAACGGGAAGCCCAGAAAGAUGGUUAUUUGAUAUUUAAAAACACCAUUAUUGUAACGCUGAUACAUGUGAAUGUUUUAUCACCUGCAAAUUGAA